AUGCUCACUCUAGCUGCGAAUGUAUCCAGAGCUCUUAAGAACGCUGUGAAAGAGUAUUUGGCCUUUGCAGGGUGCAUGUCUACAGCAGAAGCAAGACAAAUACUAAAGAUCACAGAGACAGCACCCCUGACCUACUACACCAUUACUGCGCAGAAGAAUAAGCUAAAAUCAAAAAAUGAGCCAAUAUUACCUCUAUCAGCAUACAUAUUAAAAAAAAUAGAAAGCGCAGAGAAAGUUCUCCUUAGAGAGAUAGAGUAG